AUGGACUCAGCAUUUGUGCCUGAAAGUGGCUAUCUUGAUAUGCUGCACAGUGAUACUGACCCAUUGCAUCUCUAUACUCUCUUUGAUCCUAAAUCAUCUGGAAAUGAAGAAGGUGACUUACCUGUAGAUCUUGAAGUUGAUGUCAGCAACUAUGAGCAGCUCAAUAAUAUGGAUUUCCCGUAUACAAUGGAAAAUGGGGAAGAUUUGUAUCCUUGUUCCAACACGGUAGAGGAUUAUGCUAGAAUAGCUGAAUUAGCAGAAUAUGUGCUGAAAGAUCAGCAGGAGAAGCAGGUCGAAGACAUUUUUGCAGGGAACCUGAUCUUGGAUGAAAUGGCCCCUGAAAACACUGAGAAAUUUACUGACAUAAAGAUGCAGAAAUGUCACAAACGACCCUUCUUAGGCUCUACAGAGAAUUGCUCUGAUGCUUCAGAACCCAAAUACAAGAAAAUAGUGGAAGCCCCUGCAGUGUCUCCAGGGAAUGGCAGUUUCUCACCUAUGCCUCUCAGCCAGCCAGCCAGCUCUGCCUCACUAACAUACCAGCAUAUGUCCUUUUCUAUUCCUGCUACAAACACUUUGGAAAGAAGUUUUGUAAUUCCUGGUGUGUACACACCCUGGAUUCCAGAGUGUGUACCUGUCAGCAUGAAAGGGAGCCAAGAGAAUACAGGCUUUGCAGAGCUUCCUCAGCAGAUACUUAACUUCAUUCUUGGAAAUGGAACAUCUGAUGUUAUCAUAUAUCCAGUGUUGUCGACCAAUUGAAUGUUGAUGAAAAUGUUGAUAUCCCCAAGUUUUCUAGUUAGUUUAUGUGGUUUAGAACUGUUCAAAGAAGUCCAAGUUACCGUAAUUCCAUCUGAAGAACCUUUUGAAAGACCAAAGCCAGUGGAAGCUUUUUGUACAUCACUUAAGGAUUAUUUCCGAGACGUGUGCAAAUUUAUGACCAUGGAACGAGAAGUAACUCUUGAUCACCUGUUUAUUGAUGGAACAUUAGUUCAAAGUCAAACUGAAAUCAAAACUGGGAAGAAUAGCACAAAAGCUAUGGAAAAGGAGCUGGUAACUUGCAGUAUGCAAGGAAAGGAAAAGGCAGCUCUUAAAAGAAGCCAAGUAUUUGAAAUCCCAGGAAGUAAAGAGUUAGAGACUAAAGUGAUUGUGGUGCUGGGAAAAGCAGGAAUGGGCAAAAGCAUUCUUAUCCAGAAGAUCUGCCAGGACUGGUCCAAUGGAGAGUUUUCUCAAUUUGAAUUUGUUUUCUGGUUUGACUGCAAACAAAUAAGCUUGCCUGAGAAGCGAUACAGCCUGAAGGAUCUACUUCUUGAGUUUUUUGUAAAACCUCAAGAGGGAAGCAUGGAGAUCUUUGAGUAUAUAUUGCAAAACCCUGCUAAAGUCCUUCUGGUUUUUGAUGGUUUUGAAGGGUUACAUAUUUAUGAGAAUUUUCCUCAUUGCUCAGCCAGCCAGCCUGAAAAAGGCUUGUGCAGUUUAAAGGAGCUGCUUUCAGGACUCAUCCAAAAAAAGAUACUGAAUGGUUGUACUUUAUUACUUACAGCAAGACCAAAAGCCAAGGUGUACCAGUACCUGUCCAAGGUCGAUAAGACUAUUGAAAUAGUAGGACUUUCCCCUCAACAGAGAGAAUUGUACAUAACCAAAUAUUUUGAAGGAUUACCUUUCUGUGGUAAUGCACUGAAAUUAAUCAAAGAGUGUGAGUACUUGUUCAGUUAUUGCUAUAGCCCUCUAAUGUGUAGAUUUGUUUGUUUCCUCUGUGAGACAGUACUUGAAAUUGGAGACAAAAACCUUCCUUCAACUCUCACUGGAGCCUUCCUGAAAUUCAUCCAGCAGAAGAUACCAUUGCAAGCAGAUGUUACAACCAUGCAAAAUCAAGAGAGUCUUGCUGCACUAGCCCACAUAGCCUGGUGUCUUGGAGAAAAGCACCAAAGUGCUAUGAAAAGUGACUUUCUUUCUUCUAAGAAAGUUAAAGAGUUUGGUCUCAAAUAUGGAUUUUUCUCGCCAUUUGCAUUCCCCAGACAUUCAGAUAGUGGAGAAGAGGAAUUUGGGACCACAUUCUCUGAUUUUGUCAUUCAGAAUUUCCUGGGUGCUCUUCACCUUAUGCUAGCAGAAGAAAUCAAAGAUCAAAGUCUAACGAAGUACUUUAAUUUUCCAUCCAAGAAGAAAAAACCUUAUAACUCGUUAGAUUUGGUGCCUCGAUUUUUGGCUGGUUUGUUGUUCCUCCAAGAUGACCCCUACUUCUGCUCCCUUUCAAAUAAGGAUGUAAAACAAUCAACCAAGAAACAAAAAACAUUCUUGAAAUAUAUUAAAAGGCUGCAGAUUAAUGAGCUCUUCCCAAAGAGUUUACUUGAGCUUUUACAUUGUAUUUAUGAAACACAAAGCAAUUAUCUCUUGCAGCAUGUGGCCUUAAGGCUCAAACCAGACCUGUCUUUUCUGGAUGUAGUUCUUACACCACCUGAUGUCUAUGUACUGCACUCUAUUUUAAAAAGGUCAAGAAAAGAGUUUUCCUUGGAUUUGCGAAACAGCGGGAUUGACAAGCAAGGAGUAAAAGACUUGGUUGGCCUAAAGAAUGUGACAUCGUUCAGAGCCUCCCUCAGUGACACAGUCAGGAUCUGGAAAUCUUUAGAAGAGACAAAAGACUACGAACUGCUGAGAGCAUCAAUAGAGAAAUUUGUUCUUGAUCCCUUUAAGGCAAGGACAAUGAAGGACAUCCAUGACCUUUCAGACCUUGUAGAAAUGCAGAAGAUGAGCAACUGUGUGCAAGAAGCACCUGGCUGCAGCAGCUAUGAAAUUCCUGCCAUCAAAAACCUCAGAAAAAUAGAAUUUGCAUUAGGUCCUGUAUGUGGCAUUCAGGGAUUCCAAAAACUUGUGGAAAUUCUUGCAGCAUUCCCAUCACUUCAGCAUUUAGACCUUGAUGCUCUGAGUGAAAAUGGCAUAGGAGAUGAAGGAGCAAAGAGUCUCUCUGAAGUCCUUCCAGCCCUGAUAUCACUGGAAACAUUAAACUUAUCACAGAAUAAGAUAACAGAUGUGGGUGCAGAGAAACUUGCUACAGCUCUUCCUUCCUUGUCUUCAUUAAAGACACUAAGCUUAUACAAUAAUAGCAUUUGUGAUUUUGGAGCAGAAAAUCUUGCGAAAGUUCUUCCUGCAAUGGCAUCUUUAAGAGUGCUCGAUGUUCAGUAUAACAAAAUAACUGGUGCUGGAGCCCAGCAGCUGACUGACAGUCUACGAAAAUGUCCCCAUAUCAAGACCUUGGUGAUGUGGAAUCCCACCAUUCCCUAUGGAGUUCUCGAACACCUUCAGCAGCUGGACUCUAGAAUCAGUGUGUAGAUUCAGAUG